AUGGGGAGAUUCCUUCCGGUCGUGUGUCGCUCACUGGAUGUGUUUCACAAAAAACUGAUCGUACUGCGCAUCAAUGAUCGUCUUAGCGUAGCCAUCUAUGUACCAGAAAAGGUUGCUCGUGCUAGCGAGGUAGCGGUAGAUGAUGGCGUGCGAGUAUUCGUCUUUCCACACACCCAAGGGCUGCAAUCAUCCAAUUAUCGCGCGGUGCCCACCAAGGCCACCUACCGCCUUUAUUGCGAUGAACAAGUGUUCCAACUUUAUCACCAGAAAAGACGAAACACCUGGAUAUUUCUGAGAAGCCCAAAAGGUGAUGAUGCAUUGUACCGUGCGUUGCCCAGUGUUGGAGACAAGAGGAGGGUGAGGGAACAUACCAUGCGGCAGCAGAUCAACUUCGAAUGCAAAGCCAGUAUUGCUUUAGAUAAGAUUGGCCGAGAUAUGAAAACCCAUAUUGGGAAAAUUCAGAGUGAAGGUGUCCUGGGUGGCGUGAGUAUCUUUGUGUAG